CAUCUACCAAUAAAACGAAUAUACCUGCUUCUAUCUCCUUUUAUUCUUCUACCCUGAAAGAAGAAACCCAAAGCCCUUCUACUUCAUUACUGCUUUCCUUCUCCAUUUUCAACGAACUCAAUUUCAGAGUCUACCUUACUACAAAAUCCUGUCUUGGUGUAUGUACAAUUUGCGGAGUGAAACCAUACAUUAAUAUGGCACAAUUGCUUUCAACUUCAUGCUCUCUCAAAAUCCCUUGUCGCAAACCGUUCUUCCAACCAUUGAACCAUGGUCCACUGGCAUUUUCUACCUCUUUUACUGUGAAAACUUCCAAAUCUCCAGUCCAUAGGGUUGCCCUGCCAGGAAGGGGGCCACAAAGAAGUUGCACUGUUUAUGCAACCUCCACCCACAUUAGACAAGAAGCCCCAACCCAAUCAAGCUCUGGUUUGCAUCAAUCCUCCAAUGAUCCUGCCAAGCCAAAGCGGGUCAUGGUUAUUGGUGGAGAUGGCUACUGUGGAUGGGCCACUGCCCUUCACCUGUCCAACAAAGGUUAUGAGGUUUCUAUUGUUGACAGUCUCAUCCGGCGUCUCUUUGACCACCAACUUGGUCUUGACUCCUUGACUCCCAUAAGCUCCAUCCACAACCGACUUCGUGUUUGGAAAUCUCUUACUGGGAAAACUAUUGAACUCUACAUAGGUGACAUUUGUGACUUUGAAUUCUUAGCAGACACGUUCAAGUCAUUUGAACCUGAUGCUGUUGUCCAUUUUGGGGAACAGCGGUCUGCCCCUUAUUCAAUGAUUGACAGGUCAAGAGCUGUCUUUACUCAGAAUAAUAAUGUAAUUGGAACACUGAAUGUUCUCUUUGCUAUUAAGGAAUUCAGGGAGCAGUGUCAUUUAGUGAAGCUUGGGACAAUGGGAGAAUAUGGUACUCCAAACAUUGAUAUUGAGGAGGGUUAUAUAACAAUUACUCAUAAUGGGAGAACAGAUACUCUGCCUUAUCCCAAGCAAGCAAGCUCUUUCUAUCAUCUGAGUAAGGUUCAUGACUCUCAUAAUAUAGCCUUCACUUGCAAGGCCUGGGGAAUCAGAGCCACUGAUCUUAAUCAAGGAGUUGUUUAUGGAGUGAGAACUGAUGAGACUGCUAUUCAUGAAGAGCUUUGCAAUCGGCUUGAUUAUGAUGCAGUGUUUGGGACUGCAUUGAACCGAUUUUGUGUUCAGGCAGCUGUAGGUCAUCCACUUACUGUAUAUGGAAAAGGGGGCCAGACUAGGGGCUACCUUGAUAUAAGAGAUACAGUUCAAUGUGUUGAACUUGCCAUUGCAAAUCCAGCGCAACCUGGUGAAUUUCGGGUGUUCAAUCAGUUCACUGAGCAGUUUUCUGUCAAUCAAUUAGCUGCCCUAGUUACAAAAGCAGGAGAGAAACUUGGGCUUGAUGUGGAAACCAUAUCUGUGCCCAACCCAAGGGUAGAGGCAGAAGAGCAUUAUUACAAUGCAAAGCACACUAAACUCAUUGAGUUGGGACUCAAACCACACCUUCUUUCAGACUCUCUUCUUGACUCAUUGCUCAACUUCGCUAUUCAGUUCAAGGACCGUGUUGACUCAAAACAGAUAAUGCCAACUGUUUCUUGGAAAAAAAUUGGGACAAAGCCGAAGACUAUUGCAGCAUAGAAGUCAAAGAGGAUUGAGGGGUUUUAAGUGAUUGUGUGUUGCCCUCAUUGCUUUAUCUCUCUAUUUUUGGUAGAUAGUGCAACAGCUUUUGAAAUAUUUAAUCUAUUAACAGUUCAGCCCCAAAACUAUGCGACUUAUCCGUGCAAGUAUAGCAUAUCUCCAUUGUCAAAAUUUACACCUGGAAUCUGCAUUGGGCUUUUAUGUUAUGAUAUUACAGAGAUUAAUUUGUAGACGGAUGAAGCAGUAUAAAUAUAUUUCAUAUGAACGGUAUUCAUGUGUGGCUA